AUGACGAUCGGAGAGUUUCCAUCCGACUCCUUUGGUACUUGUUUCCUUCUUUGUCUUCCAAAAGAUCUAACUGGUGCUAUCUCUCGUCUUCUUUCUCCAAGCGAUAUCUGCAACCUAUGCUUGUGCUGCAAAAGCCUCUGUGCCCUUGUGGAUACAGAGGAUAUAUGGCUUGCGCAGUGUGAGCUUGUAAAGGUUCUUCCUUUAUCUGAAAUCUUACAGUGGCGAACCGGGAUUCGUUCUUACAAGGGGCUUUGUCGGUUUCUUGUUGAGGUAAUGAAGCCUCUUGUUGGGAUUUGGGUUCACGAACGCCCUAUACUUGGGAAUGUUGUUUAUGUGAUGCCUGGUUUCUUGUCUGUUGUUGGUUGCCGGAUAAUCCCACAAGAGGUUGGUCCUCUGGGGAUUCAGGAAGGUCGAGUUAUAUGGUCACCGGUCUUUGAGAUAAUCUGCAUAUUUGAUGGCUCCAACAAGUUUUUCCUCCAUGGAAGCAACGGAGAAGACUUUUUCUUGUACCCUGGUUGCGUUACGGGCAUCGAGAAGAGUUGCAAUGUGCUUCUACUCGAAGUUGAGCCAAGGCGAGAGAAGAGUUUGUGCCGUGAAGAAGAAGUCUCAAGAAAGGUAUCAUUUUGGGAUCUCUGUUUUAAAGAAAAAAGUGUCUUACUUGAGCUAGUGACAAACCAUGUAGGUCUGCAUGUGCCUGAAUCAUUGACAGAAACGUUGUUUCCUACUUUGAAAGACGAUGAUGAGAAGAUGUUGGAACGCAGAGCCAUGCUCCUUAAAAUGCACAGGUUUGGUGGCAAUUGGAAGGACAAGAACCUCGAGGAGGAGGAGUUGUGUUACAAUCCUAUGCAGGUAGACAUAAAUGGGAGGUGGGAACAUCUCAGUCAUCACUUUCUUAAGGAAGAGGAUAUAGAGAAUCGCCAAAGCUUUCUUAGCUCUGGUGAUACAUUCGGUCUUAGUCUCAAAGCUUCCUACAUUGAGACGUCUUCUUACUUAGGAGGUUGGCCAAAGAUGAACCUAAACCACUUUGCCUUUUAUAAACUACCGGUUAAGAGUCCCAUGAAGGACCAAGCGUAUGCCGGUUUAUGGGGAGUGACUUAUGGAUGGCCACCUGAGAAAUGUAUUGAAGAUGAUGAAGGUAAAACCGGCAAGGCUCUUUACUUAGUGAUGCUCACGUAUGAGCAGUAUUAA